AUGCCUUGGCUCAAGGAUAUCAGCUACGAUCGCCAAGCGACCAUCGCCGUCUUCCGCGACUACUACCACUUCCUGGCUGCUUUGUACCUACACCAGUCGGAAGCGGUCGAGCCGCCCCAGGAUGGCUGGCCUGCCAUCACGGCGGAAAACAUGCAAGUCAGCCGAGGUCGUCGAGCUUCUUCGCUACCUCCCGAGCUUUGCAACGGAAUCGUCGCCGGCCACUGGGACGGAGAAGACGUGAAGCAUGCUACUCAGAGUGAGGGGCUAGAUUUCAGCGAAGAUAUCCCAUCUCACGUUGUGGGGCUGACUGUUGGUGGAGUCGAGCGGCCCUACAUCUUCCUCGAUGUCGAGGCCGGGAUAGUGCACUGGUACGAGUGCUGGGACAAGAUCCGGGAGACUUCGUCACAGGAGAUGGUGCAAGACGAUAUGCUUGAUUGGGCACCUGACAAUGAGACAUGGCGGUACGCCUCGGCUGCUUGGGCCAUCCUCGACUUCUUCGAGAUGCUCAAGGAUCAGUAUCGUCAGUUGAAUUUUGUACCCUUUACUCCUUGGACAGUCCGUGAUGUCUGGCUGCGGGCCCCUCCGGGUGUCGGAGAGAUGCUCGACGUGCUGCCGGGUAUCUAUCGUGAGCAUGGAUGGCCAGACAUCGAUCGGUACCGCAAAGAGGAGUGCCUGCGCGCUGUUCGCGCGACACUUCUAGAUCGUGCCCCUCUUUACGCUGACUGGAUUGAUAUUGGCCGCGAAGCUUUGGAAUGA